GCAGCAGCAGCCGCCGCCUCCGUCCGUCCGUCCGUCUCUCUCUCUCUCUCUUCUUCUCUUGUCAGUCUCGCGCCUCCUCCUCCUCCUCAUACGCAGCAGCAAGCAGCCAAGCAUGGAGACGCCCCUCUCCAGCAGGAGGAUCACCCGCUCCAUGGCCAAGGCCUCCGCCGCCGCCCCCGACGCCACGUCCACGGCCCACCCGCCGCGCCCCGCCCUGCACGACAUCACCAACGACUCCCCCAUCGUCGGCCUCGCCUCCUCGGGCCUCCGCACGCCGGCCUCCACCGCCGCCAAGGCCCGCCCCACCAGGGCCUCCCGCCGCACCCCCGGAUCCGGCGAGGCACUCCUCCGCGGCCAGGUCAAGACGCUCCUCCAGAAGGUCCACCACGACGCCUCCUCCUCCUCCUCCUGCGCCGCAGCCGCUCCUCCCUCCCCCAACAUCCUCCGCAUCCACGCGCCCAUCGGUCUCGCCAGGUCGCCCGCCCACCUCCUCGCCCCCACGCCGGCCAACACGCCGCACCUCACCGCCGCCGCCCCUCACGCCUUCACCAUGACGGUGCCAUGCGUCCUCGAGGAGGAGUUGCUUUCCAAGCUGCAGGUCAUUGCAGAUGCCCUGCCGCCACCUCCAGCUCAGGCGGAGGAGAACCACCUUGGAGAGUGCAACCGUGCACUGGUGUUCGACGACUCCCCCGGGAAAUCGGACCUGUCCAAUGCUGCCUCGGUGCUCUCGUCGUCGUCCCUCUCGUUCCAGGACAGCAGCAGCACCGACAGAUCACCGGACGACGACAGCUCAUCGGCUUGGUCAAUCCAGGUCAAUGCCAGCUCCGAGAAGGGCGACGAGGACACGUUCACUGAUCAAGACCCAGAGGAGGAGGAGGAGGAGUGGCUAACAGAAGAUGAUGAUGAUGAUGAGUGCUUUGAUGAUCUGUGUGAGGGGAUGAGCAAGAUGUCUGUGUUUGACGAUGAGGAGGAGGAGGACAAGAAGGCUGGGCUGCCUGCGUUUCAGGGGAAGCACACCAGGUUCAUCUACGACAGCGACGGCGAGAUGGAGAGGGAGGACGUGGCGCAUGUGCCGGUGGAGAACUGCACCAUGGUUCUGAGGGGCCUGCCGGUGCCGGAGGGGAAGCAUCUCCGCUUCCACGAGGUGGAGGAGGAUGAGGAAUAGAAUGACAUUGCUACCAGUGAUACACUUCGCAUCCAAGCAACAAAAACAACAUUGCUACUAUAGUAGCUUCUUCUUUUUCUUUUCAUCUGGACAGACACAUUGAUUCAGUCUACUGCAAUAUAAUGCCUUCUGUGUUUCGCUUCAUGUUUCAGUUCUUCUGAAUGCCUUUUGAAUGUUACAACUGAAUAAUGCAAUGCAAUGCAAAUAUGCAAUGUUCCAUUA